AUGCCAUUCGGCCUCCUCACGGCAAUUGCCGCCUGCCCCGCCAUCAUCGGCACCACCGAAGCCAUUCAGCAAGGCCAAAAAACCAACGCCCGCGAACAACAUCGCGGUAAAAAAGUAAACUUGACCGUCAAGCUGCAUGGGGCGGACAUGUAUCGGGAAAAGUUUGAGGGGGCGUUGGUUGUGCUGAAAGAUAACAAGCUCUGGGUCGAACACAGCGACUGUAUAGAACUGGACGGCUCCCACCCCUUCUCCGGCUACUACCUCCCCCACCCACAACACCAAUCCCGGUGGAAAGGCGCAGGCUUCAAAGGCGAAGGCCUCGUCACCACCACCAACGCCCAAAACAUGCUCAACUGGGUCUACGUCGAUAAAGACACGUAUGAGCUGAAACAUGGGAUCCGGGUGCAAGCGCAGGACCACCUGACGGGGCCUUGGGACUGUACCCAGAUAGAUAGACGGAUGACGUUUGAAGGGUGGGAGGGGUUUGUGGUGGUGCAGGUGGAUGAGGAGCGGGACUUGUGGGGAUUGUUUUUUGAUAGGGAUGAUAAUGGGCUUAGCGGACCGGGGCAGAUCGGGGAGGUGAAGGAAGGGGAGAAGAGAAAGAGGAUGUUGCAGGUAGAGUUGGUGAGGAGUGAGAUGGAGAAGACGAGGUAUGAUGCGUUCGAGGAGAGGAGGGAGAGGCUUAAGGCGUUGGCGAUCAAGCAGAAACAGGCCGAGGGGGCAGCGUAG